AUGUGUAUCUACACCCUAACCCACCACACCUGUCCUCAUACUUCUCUCCUACUACAAGAAAAAUGUUCAGAAUCAUUGAGAAGGAGGAAGAGUGUAGGAGGUGGCAAUUAUGAGAGUCCGCCUUGUAAAUUUGAUAGGGGUCGAUUUGAGAGGUGGAAGAGGGAGGGAGAAAGCAGCGAGCAAAUGGUUGAAAAGGAGAAAAGAAUUGGACGUGGAAAGGAUAUGAGAACGCCUGAAAGGGAGGUGGAGGACAAGAAUGAUGUUGAGGAUGAAAGGAAGAGAGGAAGAAGCAAAAUGGGAAUUCAAACUGAGUUUAGGGAGAAUUGGGCGGAGGGUAUGUGUGUUAAUUGUAAAGCGGAGAGGGAAGGAAAUAUGGUGGUGAGUUCCUUUUUUUUUCAUUCUUGGGAGACAGAGGUGAAAGGAAAUGGAUGAAGUGUUAAAUUUGAGAAAAUCCAUUUCUCAUCAGAAGACAAAUUAUCACAAAUAACUCCCUCAUUACUUAUACAACCCUAAAACGAAAGGAAUUAAUCAACUAACCUCAAAAAUAGCUAGCAAGAAAAACUUCAUUCACGAAAUUAGUUAGGAAUCUUCUGAGUAUAGAUCGAGAGUUGCAGAUGCAGAGAUUAUUAAGUGUGCAGUCUGCAAAUGGAAGGCAGAAUUUGGGUGUCUCACCUGUUUCUGUGGUUGGGAGAAGGAGAGAACGGGCGAGAUGA